GAAACACCGGAAGCAGUCGUGGGUUUUGGUGACGCUGCAUUAGACUCAAUAGACUGCAAGACAUGGACCGGUCUCGACUGUACGGAUGGUUCCUCUUGAGCCUGACUCUAGCUGGAGCUCAGGCGGUCACACCGGCGCACCACCUCUCCCUGGCUGAUGUGGCCCGGCUACAGAACCUCCUGAGCCAACCGUUCACAGACCUGGAGUCCGCGUACCACUCAGUCAUUGGCCUCACCAAGCUCGGAGCGGCUGUUCCCGACCACGAUCAAGUGUGUCAGUUCAUCAAAUCCCAGCUCGACCCCACAAGUGUCGACUCCAUCUUCUUUGCUGCCGAAACCAGUCAAGCCAUAUCUGGAUGUGAGAUCCCUGUGUCCAACGAAACCCGUGACAUUCUCCUUGCAGCAGUGAGUGAAGACUCCUCCAUGACUCAGAUUCACCGAGCUGUGAGCGCACUCAGCUCUCUGGGACUUCCUGUGGUAUCUAAGGAGGUCAUUGGUGCCCUGACUGCUCGCAUCAACAAGGAGGACAAUGUUAUGGCUAUCACCUCGGCUCUGCUAACAGCUGCUCGCCUCCCUCAGCAGGCAGAAUUUGGAGGAAUACUCGAGGAAAUUGAGGAUCUGACAGCUCGUUUGGAUGACCUUGGUGGUGUCUACCUCCAGUUUGAAGAGGGACUUGAGGCAACUGCCACUUUUGUCACUGCUGCCUAUUCUCUGUCAGAUCAUGUGGACAUGGAGCCCCCUCUGAAGGAGGACCAGGUCAUCCAGCUGGUGAAUUCCAUCUUCAGCAAGAAAUCCUGGGACUCUUUGGCCGAGGCCUCCAGUGUAGCAAGUGCUGCUGCUGCUCUUUCCAGCAACCGUUUCCAUGUGCCAGUCAUUGUCAGUGCUCAGGGCCCAGCCACAGUGUCCCACAGCCAGCCGACUCUGCAGCUCCUGGUCACUGAUGUCAUGUCUCAGCCUCUGGCUUCAGCCAACGUGCUGGUGGAAUCUGCGUACGCUGUGGCCUCCAAGAGCAUCAUCCUCAGCCAAGCACCCUUCACACUUAAUGAUGGCGUCUUUGAAUUGAACUUCAUGUCCACUCAGCCCGCCAGUGGAUAUUACCAGUUUACCAUUGCAGUUGCUGGGGAUAGCCGACUGGUUGCUAAUCACAUUGAGCUUAAAGUAAAGGUGUCCACUGAGGUGGCAAUCAGCAACAUGGACCUCUCUGUGGUGGAUAAGGACCAGAGCAUUGGCACAAAGACCACCAGAGUGGACUUUCCUUCCAAAGCCAAGAUCCCCUUCACUGCAGACAGCCACCAGAACUUCGCCAUGUCCUUCCAGUUGGUUGACGUCAACACUGGAGUGGAACUAACUCCUCACCAGACUUUUGUGCGGCUGCACAACCAGAAAACUGGCCAAGAGGUCGUGUUUGUGGCUGAGCCCGACAGCAAGAAUCUGUACAAGUUUGAGUUGGACACAAUGGAGCGUAAAUCUGAGUUUGACUCCAUCUCUGGUACCUACUCCCUGUACCUCAUUGUUGGUGAUGCUACCUUGGAGAAUCCCAUCUUAUGGCACAUGGCUGAUGUCAUUCUGAAGUUUUUGGAUGAAGAGGCUCCUGCUACCAUUCAGCCCAAGACUCUUUAUGUACCUAAACCAGAAAUCCAGCACUUGUUCAGAGAACCGGAGAAGAAACCUCCCACUGUUGUCUCCAACACCUUCACUGCACUCAUCCUGUCUCCCUUCCUGCUUCUGCUCAUCCUGUGGUUUAAGCUCGGAGCAAACAUCUCCAACUUCAGCUUCUCUCCCAGCACCAUUCUCUUCCAUGUAGGACACGCAGCCUUGCUCGGCCUGAUGUACGUUUACUGGACCCACCUGAACAUGUUCCAGACCCUGAAGUACCUGGCGAUUAUUGGCAGCAUAACUUUCCUAGCCGGGAACCGCAUGCUGGCACAGAAAGCUGUAAAGAGAAAUGAGAAAAAAUAAAAGCAAGGCACAAAUGAAUUAAAAGAAGACAUUGUCGAAGUUCGUUUUUUGUUUCCAAGGAUUCGGUCAUCAAAAUCAGACUUUGUCCAUGAUAUGGCAGUUCAAGAGUCCAGUCACCACUUUAAACAUGCAGUUUGUCUCUGUGUUGCCAGAUGGAAGAAAUUGAGACAUCACAGCAUCUCUGGGGGCGACACUCACUGACAGAUUCUCCCAGAGAGCUGUGAAGCUACUGAUCAUUGCACUUCAUCUUCCUGUGAGAUUUGUUCCGAUUGUCCAACAUACCCAUAUUUUGAAGUGAGCCGGGAUUUUGAUUUGUGGUAUUUUUUUUUAUUUUCUCAUCGAGUUGGGGUUCGUCUUUGUCUUUUUUUGUACAUUCCUCUUUGUUUUGACUCUGUGCCCAUUUUAUAUUCUAUUUUUCAGCUGAUAAAACACUGGCAGCAGCAGCACUCACACUUGGAUCAUUACUGACUUUGCCAGCGUGUUCACCAGUUAGGUGGCUCAAAGGAGCGCGAGUGUCUUAUUUGAUACAUUUGAGUUUUGGCCCCCGACCCCAGACAAAUUGUUAAUAAUUAAAUAUGGGCAAUUUGAGGAUGUGAUGUUUUUUGUAAUGACCAGGAAUAAAUAAAGAAAUUGAGGGU